CAGCAUCUCCUGCUGCCGGGGGAAACUGAGGCGCGUCCGCUUCCGCACGGCUCCGCAGCCCCAGACCGCGGGGCCCCGCCGUCGCCCCGGGGGUGGGAAAUAACUGCCCGGCCGAUGGUUACGACCCUCGGGAACUGGGGGAACUGGUUGGUGCCCAGUACAGAGGCGGGGCCAGGCUGGGAGGAGGAAGUAGCCCUCGGAGACAUCCCCGAAGCGGAACAGAGACCCGAGUGCGUCUGCCGUGCGGGAGCGGAGCGGGGUUUCUUUGCUGCUCCCUGAAGCUCCACCUCUCAGCGGAGACAUCUGCAGCCAUCCUCCCCCAAGGAGAGGUCGGACCAAGCAUCCUCCCCCACCUUCCUCCACCUUCUCAGGCACGGGGGAGGGGAGCCCUUGUAACCCUCUUGCCGCUGCUGCUGGCAUAGACGGACAGGUCGGUCCUACCACUGGUACAGACAUCUUUUAGUCCUUCCACAAGCCCUGGUGCCUGGUGGGAGAGAAAGACCAGAGGCCAUCAGGGUGACACUCAGUUUUCAGAGCGAUGGCCUACUUCUGGAGCAGGAAGGGAUGGAGAACUACUGGGAUGCAGGAGCAGGCUGCCAACAGAUGUGCCAAGCCAGGGUUGCUGCUGGGGCCGAAGACCUGCCAAAAAGCCGCUCAGAGGGAAGACCAGGCAGACCUGGUGACAGCAGUCAACGACCUCAGCAUGGGCCCGUGCCUCAGGGAAGAUGGUUGGGAUGAGCCAAUCAUCAGGGGCAAAGCAUGGCAGAGGAGGCAAGUGUGGGAGAAGCAGCAGCAGCAAGGGGGGAGAGUCAAGGUGGGUGGCUCUAAUGAGGUGGGUGCUUUGCUAGCCACCCAUAAGGUGGUCACCACAAUGCAGCAGGACUUUGCUGUGGACCAUGACGUUGCCACCUUCAGUGGCUUUGCAUGCAGAAACAAUCAGCAUGUCCCCACCAUGCCAGAGCCAUUUGGGGAGGAUGCUGAUGAUGACCUCCUGCAGUGGAGAGAUCCAUCAUAUGCUCCUGUGCGGCUCCCCUCUAUCAUGCUCGUGAAGGUUAACAAUGAAGAGUACUGGAGGGAGGAAUUCCCAGACAUAUGGGCACGAUAUGAGAUGGACUGUGGGCUGGUGUCUGAGGAGGUGGAGGUGGAGGUGGACAUGCAGCAACUGGACUUCCAACCACAACCUAGACUUCCAGUAGCCAUGGAAAACAAGGUGGAAAGCAUCCUGAAGGUCCUGCUGCGUGAUGGGGUGGUGGUGGAAGGCCACUCGCCCUACAACGUCCCUUUAGUUCCCGAGUACAAAGGCGAUGGGAAGACCUUGCGGCUGAAGCUGGACUGCAGAGCUGUCAACAAGGCCACCCCCAGGGUGGUGGAGCCGGUGAGCCUGAACACGACCAAGCUUGUUUCGACCCUCAGCCCCAAGAGCAAGUACUUCUCAGUGGUGGAUCUAUCCAAUGCCUCCUUCGCCAUCCCCUUAGCGGCAGGCUCCAGAGCCAGCUUUGCCUUCACCUUCCGGAACCGGCAGUACCUCUUCACCCGCCUGCCCCAGGGCUUCCACAGCACCACCUCCAUCAUUCACCGACGGGUGGCGCAGAUGUUGUCCCAGAUAGACCAAGGAGAUAGCCCUUGGCUUUUCUCCUAUGUCGAUGACAUCCUCAUCACCGGGCAAACUCAAAAGGAAACCAAAGCCAGAACAAGGAGAGUCCUGAAUCUGAUCCAAAACACAGGCUUUAAAGCCAAAUUUGAGAAGGCACAGCUUGUCCAGCCCAAGGUGGUCUACCUGGGGAUGAGAAUUGGGCCUAAGGGCCGAGAGAUCACAGACAGAAUGCUGGAGACCAUCAGGGCAGCACCCUGCCCGCGAAACGUCGGCGACGUCCGCUCGCUGCUUGGGCAGUUUGUGUACUUGCAGGACCACAUCCCCAACUACUGGCAGCUGGCCCGGCCUCUCCACCGCCUCACCCUGAAGCGGGCCAGGUGGGAGUGGGGACCAGAGCAGGAAAGGGCACUGAGAUCCCUGAAAGAUGCUGUCGAGACUGCACCUGCCCUACGGUUCCCAGAUGCGUCUCAGCCCUUCGUUAUCAGGCUAACAACAAGCAAAGAGGUGGUGUCAGCUGCCCUGCUGCAGGAGAAUGAAGAGGGUCAGCUGGUCCCAGUGAAACACAGCUCCCACAUCCUGAAAGGCCAUGAGGUCUUCUACAAGGCGGAGGAGAAAGGUUGCCUGGCAGCAGUCUUGGCCGUGCAGAAGUUUGAGACCCUCACAGGGUCAGCCCCCAUCCUCAUCCAGAUGCCCCGUUCUCCUUGGAGGUAUCUCUUACGGGGUGAUGCGUUGGGGUCCAGUGGGACCAACCUACAUCCAGACCACUGGGCUCUGCUGCUGGUCAACGGAGGGGACGUGGCAAAGGGACCCCACCCUGAGUGGGAAGGCCCCUUCAGCCCCUUAGUCCUCUCCGCUCCCCCACUCCGGCGGCUGCCUCCCUGCAUCCCCAAGGCCAAUGUGUGGUUCACUGCCGGUCGGAGGGGUCGCUCGUUUGGCUUUGCUGCAGCCAACCUGGAGGAGCGCUGGCUGCUUGGGGUGGCCGAGUGUUAUUCAGUGCUGGGUGCAGAGCUGGUGGCUCUCUGGGAGCUCCUGCACCAUCACCGAUGCUCCUCACCCCUCUAUUUGUACACUGGCUGUCAGCCCUUGGUGGAAACGUUGAAAAGCCGAACAGACUGGUGGGAGGUGGACUCAGGGUGGGACUUCGGCAAGGAUGUGUGGCCAAGCAUCCUACAGUGGGUCCGCACCAACCCAGGGAUGCUGCACAUCAGGUUCGUGGGGGUGAACGUGAGCAAGAAGACAGAGAUGGAGUGGUACCAAAAAGUGGUCAGAAGGUCCAAGGCUAUGUCACGUAGUGUCACAGCCAGCCAAGUGUUUUGGGAGCCUUCCAAGCAUGAGAAGCAAGAAAUAAUUGCCCAGUGUCACAGCUGGUUGCACGAGGAAGUGGAGGAGACCCUGGCGAGGGUGCGGCAAGUUGGCACCUGGGAAGGUGUUCAGGGGCGGGUGACCUAUUGGGUGCAGAACUGCCUGCAGUGUGCUCCUGCAGUGAGGGUGUCGUCCCAACGAGCAGAGGGGCCAUGGUCAGAGCUCUGUCUGGGCUACAUCAGUGGCCUUACUGAGAGCGAGGAAGGGUACCGCUGCCUCUUGGUGGUGGAGGAUGUGUUCUCAGGGUGGGUAGAAGCCUUCCCCAUAGAGAAGAAAACAGUGGAGGAGAUGGCAGAGGUGCUCUUCAGGGAGGUUUUUUCUCGGUAUGGGACACCUUCUGUCAUCCGUUUGCCUCGUGUCCCACCCUUCCUCCGGAACGUUGCCAUGGUGGCAGCGGCUCGCCUGGAGUCUCCAUGGGACGUCCUACAGGCUGGGCAGGUGGGACCAGCCACGUCAGCUCUGCAGCGACUGGCCCGAGGGGCUGGCAAGAAGUGGGUGAAGAUGCUCCCUGUGAUCCUGGCGGGAAUCAGGUCUGUGUGGGUGCAGGGAGAGGUGCUGGGCCCUUACCAAGUGAUCAGUGGAUUCCCCUUGGAGGUGCGGUGGGGAUGGGAGGCGCAGGGCGGUCCCCGGGGCAAUGUCCUCUCCUGGCUGCGCCAGCUUCAGGAGGAUGGAGUCGAGUACAAACAGCAGAUUGAAGCUAUGCUGUAGAGGGGCUGCCUGGGAGAAGAGACUGCAUGGCCAUAAACCUUGCAGUCCUGCAUGAGAUUGGUGUGGGUGUGGGAUAACUGCCUGGAUUACUGUGGGACGGGAAUGCGAGUUAACUUAGUGCUUAUCAGGAACAAGGUCGUUUACAACCAAGAGGAAUAUGUGUGAAGCUGGCCUGCCAAACAACUGAGAGGGGGAGUCUUGUGAGAUAAGACAGCCCUGCUUGGCCUAAAACUGCUGAAGCAAGGCUAAAAAAGGCGAAGCAGCCAGCUUCAAACUCGAUUUUGAAGGCCGAGUGCUCGAGCAAAGAGCUUUGCCUGAUCAAGUGCAAUUUUAAUACUGAAGAGGAUGCCCUUCAGUGUGAUACUGAGCCAAAAAAGAGCACAAGCUAAACAGACACAACUGUGCCACUCAGCUCCACCCAAAUCGUGCUAAACAUCACCCAGGAGGCAGAGACAGCCCGGGGCUAGGGCAUGAGUAAACCCACCAGAGGAACAUUCUGGGCAGUAGCAGCAUGGUUCUAGACUGGAUUUAGGGGAGACGAGGACAGGGCACAGCUGUUCUUCUCCUCCUCCACCUGAGACAGCCACACCUUUCUUGCUAAGAACUGGAGAUGGAUAGGUUCAGGCUGGAGGUGAGGAGGAAGUUGUUGAGCAUGAGAGUGGUGAGAGCCUGGCAUGGGUUGCCCAGGGAGGUGGUUGAGGCCCCAUGGCUGGAGGUGUUUGAGGCCAGGCUGUGUGAGGCUGUGUGCAGCCUGCUCUAGGGUAGGGUGUCCCUGGGCAUGGCAGGGGGGUUGGAACUGGCUGCUCCUUGUGGUGCCUUCCAACCCUGACUGAUUCUAGGAUUCUCACUGCACAAGGGCCAACUGCUGCUACCUUUCUGUAGCCAGAGCUGCUGCAAACGUUUUCUGUCUCCUGACCCUGUCAGGAUGCCCACCAGGAUUCAUUAAGCUGGCUACAUCACUGGCAGGCAGUGUGUUUCUCACUGGCAAGCUUCAAUCCCUUCUGUCUGUUGCUUCAGUGAAUGGAACUUCUUCAUUCUUUGACCUUUCUGAAGCUGUGGCAGUGCAAGCCCUGACUGGGGCACUGAGAAAGGGAGAGGCAAAUGCUGGGUUUUGGCAAGCAGUUCCAGUUAGAAGCUUGGACUCUGAAGCAGGCAGAUGGAAGGAUCUCUGCUGUAACUCUUGUGGGCUGGGGAGAAAAUGACUGUGCUGGGAUUGCUGGGUGGGAGUGGGGUGGUAACUUUUGAGCAGGUCUGGGAGGCUUUUAGGACGUGAGUGGUAUCAUAUAGAAUCAUAGAGUGGCUUAGGUUGGAAGGGACCUCAGAGGUCAUCUAUUCCAACCUCCCUGCCACAGCCAGAGACACCUCUCAACAGGACUCAGCUGCUCAAGGCCUUGAACACCCCCAGGGAGGGACUAUCCACAGCCUCCCUGGGCAACCUAUUCCAGAGUCUCACCACCCUCAUACUGUAUACAUCUUCCUAAGAUCCAGUCUAAACCUACUCUCCCCCAGCCUAAAACCCUUCCCCUUAGUCCUGUCGCUUGACACCCUGAUGAAAAGUCCCUCUCCAGCCUUCCUGUAGGAUCCAUUCAGCUAUUGGAAGGCAGCUCUAAGGAGCCUUCUCCAGGCUGAACAACCCCAGCUCCUUCAGCCUAUCCUGACAGCAGAGGGGUUCCACUCCUUGGAUCAUCUUUAUGUCAGGACCGAGGAGCUUUUGGGUAGAUCUGGGAGGGUUUUUAGGGCUGAGAGAGCUUCUAGGCAGGACUAAGGAGUUUUGAAACAAGAAGCUUUUAGGACUGAGGAGCUUUUGGGUAGAACUGGGAAGCUUUUAGGACUGAGGAGCUUUUAGGUGAAUAUGGGAAGCUUUUGGGACUGAGGAGCUUUUGGGUAGAACUGGGAAGCAUUUAGGUGGAUCUGAGAAGCCUUUAGGUAGAACUGAGAAGCUUUUAGGUAGAACUGAGAAGCUUUAGGUAGAGCUGGGAAGCUUUUAGGCAAAUAUGAGAAGCUUUUAGGUAGAACUGAGAAGCUUUUAGGAUUGAGAAGCUUUAAAGCAGAACUGAGAAGCUUUUAGGUAGAACUGAGAAGCUUUAGGUAGAGCUGGGAAGCUUUUAGGUGGAUCUGAGAAGCUUUUAGGUAGAACUGAGAAGCUUUUAGGUGGAACUGAGAAGCUUUUAGGAUUGAGAAGCUUUAAAGCAGAACUGAGAAGCUUUAAGGACUGGGGAGCUUUUGGGUAGAACUGAGGAGCUUUUGGAACUGAGGAGCUUUGGGGUAGAACUGAGAAGCUUUUAGGAUUGAGAAGCUUUUAGGUAGAACUGAGAAGCUUUAGGUAGAGCUGGGAAGCUUUUAGGUGGAUCUGAGAAUCUUUUAGGUAGAACUGAGAAGCUUUUAGGAUUGAGAAGCUUUAAAGCAGAACUGAGAAGCUUUUAGGACUGGGGAGCUUUUGGGUAGAACUGAGGAGCUUUUAGGUAGAACUAGGAAGCUUUUAGGUGAAUCUGAGAAGCUUGUGGGACUGAGGAGCUUUUAGGUGGAACUGAGAAGCUUUUAGGACUGAGCAGCUGUUAGUCAGGACCAAGCAAUGCACAACUCUUUUUGCCAGAGUGUUCAAAGCCAGGGAAGGAAGCUUUGCUGGGUAUAGAGAUUUUAACUAAGCUUAAGUUGCUUUUUCCUAGCAUCCAGCAGGCUGCUGGGAUCUUUAGCCGUGGCCCCAACGGUGCUGGGAGUGUCAGGGUGGUGUUUCCAUUCUCAGCCCUGUUAGCUUGGUGGAGCUGAGCCAGCUUCUGCUCAGGGCCGUGGGAGAUGCUGAGCAAUGGCCUUGGCAGUUUCUUUGUUUUCUUUCCCUCUUCCUCCACUUGUUCAUUUAUUAAACUUUUUGUUGUUCUCUUGCA